AUAUAAGAAGAGGCAGUGCUUGUUUGCCAGUGUACCUUACUACACCUACACUGCACUCUCUCAGUUUUCUAACCUACAUCCGAUGCACUUAAGUGUAUCACCUCCACUGACACUUGAGUGAUGCUUUACACUCACACUUGUCACCCUGUUUACAUUAAUAUACACCCCCUACACCCCACACGUGGUAUUUUUAGGUGUACUUAUCGCCACCUAUAACACACGCUUACACUUGAGGCAGCUACACUCUCUACACCCAAGAUACUACACAUAGAAGCAUAUAUCAUACAUCUACAUUAUACACUUACACUCGCUAAAGACACACACAUAUAUGCACUACACCCUAUGCACUCACCCUACACCCAAGUCUAUUACACCCACGUCAUUUUCCUUAAGUCACCACUCUCCUACACCCAGGGAGUGACACCAUCCUACACCCUUGCCUCAUGGAAGUGUAUUAGGAGGGAUCGCAUUUUGCACUUGGCCAGCCCUGAAGUUCACUGGUCCUCCCUGAAGUCGUCGGACCUGAAUUUAAUACAUCAACCCUGAAAUUACUGAAUUAGCCCUAAAAUUAACGAGGUACCCCUAAAAUUUACUUCAUUAUCCCUGAAAUUAGUUACUCAACCCCUAAAAUAGCUAAUUAGCCCUUGAAAUUAACUAAUUAUUUUGAUACUAGCUAAUUACCCCCAUAUAAUAUAAUUAAAGACCCAUGAAACUAUUUAAUUAUCCCAUGAAGCACAAACCGUAAUGAACUCUUGAAUCAAGCAUAAUAAAUAAUAAAUCAAAAUAAACAAAUAUAAAAUUUUUACCCUUCGGACGUCGUCUAAAUGUGACCUAAGAAGCUCUCAGGUCACUUAAUUGGGCUCAGAGGUCACAUCCAGCCAAGGUCAAGCAGCACACGUAAGGUCAAGAUGCCAUUAAGAGUAUUGGCACUUGCACUGUUGGUGAUAGGUGCCACUACUAUCACCGUAGAUGACAGGCAAGAUGGCCUGACUCUCAUCAAGGCAGCGAGGACCGGGGACCUGGAGGAGGUGAGGAGCCUGUUGGAUAUGGGUGUGUCUGUCAAUUCUAGAGACGGUGCAGGACAGACGGCACUACAAGUAGGGGCGAGGCAAGGAAGUGUGGCCUUAGUUGAGGAACUUCUGGCGCGACAAGCUGACGUCAACGCCUCAGACAACUGGGGUAAGACGUCCUUACAUGAGGCCGUCUGGUUCGGGCGGCAGGAGGUACUGGACGCUCUACUGGCCGGGGACGCUGACCUAGACGCGCCAGACGAUGAUGGUAAGGCAGCUCUUCACGAGGCUGCCUGGUUGGGUCGAGUGGGGGCAGUGAAGACUUUGCUGGCUAAUCAUGCUAAUGUCUCUGCCGUCGACCACUACGGUCAAACAGCUUUGCAUUACGCCGCUGAGCUGCUCAAUGCCAAGGUAGUGAAAAUCUUACUAGCCAACCAAGCUGAUGUUGAAGCCAAGGAUAAUGAAGGGUUGACGGCGCUACACUAUGCCUCCUGGUUCGGUCGUGAGGAAGUAGUGGCGAUUCUGUUAGGACACGGGGCUGAUCCUACGGCCAGGGACAUACUAGGUCAGACGCCUCUACACUACGCCGUGGAGCACAAGGAACUGGACGUGACUACCAUACUGCUUAACUACGGCGUGGACGUAGAUACUGUGGACAACAAUGGCAACACAGUGCUACACUUGGCCACUCGGGGUAGAAAUGUCACGAUGAUCGAAGCUCUCUUGUUCUUCUGCCCAGACUUGACCCUAAUCAACUAUCAACGUAAGACUCCGGUUGAUUUGGCCAGGGAGAAGAGGAUGAAGGCAUUGGCUACACUGAUGGAAGGUCAGAGAGGGACGCAGUGUGUGGUGGAGGGGAAGACCUGCCUGAAGGAGGGAGACACAGGUGUGGCUCCUCUUCGUCGCCUGACCUGCUAUGGCGAUACCUGGAGGCCGUCAUCCCCCGCCUCACCUGGUCUAGACUGUCAUGUGUCAGGGCAGGUGUACCAUCACGAGGCACGCUGGCAUGAUGGUUGUCACGAGAACAGGUGUGUACGAGGACAGGUUUGGAGGAACCCACAGGUGUCUGGCACAUGUUGCCAGCUGGAGGGGGAGGAACAUGGUCACGGCACCACCUGGUCAGCUGGUUGUCGCCACCUGGGGUGUGAGAGAGGACAGGUCGUCCCCCUGGCAGUACUCACCACCUGUUGUAGGGCGGUGGAUGGCCAGGUGUAUCCCGAUGGACACACCUGGCCCGAAGGAUGUCAUCAACAGGUGUGUAGAGGAGGACUUGCCCAACCCACACACGUGCUUUCAUCAUGCUGUAGUGUGAGAGACGAAGCAUAUAGUGAGGGUGAACGAUGGACGAUGGGCUGCCUACGUGUUGUCUGCGAGGCGGGGCAAGUUCGGCACUACGAUUUACUACAUGUUUGUAAAGUUUUGUUUCUGAUGGUGGUGUUAGCGGUGGCUGGGGUAGUGGUGUCCGUGGUUCUAUCUAUCGUCCUCUACCGUACCAGGAAGACCCUCACACUACGUCAGAACCUCGACAACAAACCUAAGAUAAUCUUCCCGAUACUGAAGGACAAACUGAACAACAAGGUGACUGAAUAAAGCGAUCGAGGGCAGAAUAUGGCAGAGAAUUCACCCUUUUCUGACUUCCACAAGAAGGAGAAAAGUCGUACUAGGCAGAAUAUGACAGAGUGACUACCAUUCUCUGACACCUCUACCACCCUCCUACAGUAGAGCAUAUCAGUCAGUCAUUUGAUUAGAUGACUGAGUAAGAGAACUUGAUUUUGAAGAGCUAUUAAAACUCAUUCAUGUAUCACCAGAGGGUAAAAUAUGUGUGUUCAGUUGUUAAGUGUUUUUAUGUAUCUAAUAAUUUCAUUCUUCUCCUAUGGAUGAAGAUGAUAAUUCUUGUCUAAGUAUUAUUAACAGAAUUAUUGACCCUGAUGACGAGAUAUCACUUAUAAGGGGUUAAUAAACGAUAUCUCCCUGAUGUCAAGAAAAUAUAAAAAAAUAUCCCUGGCGAGAUUUUGAGAAAUAAACAAAAAACAUGAA